UACUUUGUGAAUGACUCCUUGCAGCAGGUGACCUUCUCCAGUUCUGUGGGGGUCGUGGUGCCCUGCCCGGCCACGGGCUCCCCCAGCGCCAUCCUCCGAUGGUAUCUUGCCACAGGCGAUGACAUCUAUGAUGUGCCACACAUCCGGCAUGUCCAUGCCAAUGGGACGCUGCAGCUCUACCCCUUUUCGCCCUCUGCCUUCAAUAGCUUUAUCCACGACAAUGAUUACUUCUGUACCGCAGAAAAUGCUGCAGGGAAAAUCCGGAGUCCCAACAUCCGGGUUAAAGCAGUUUUCAGGGAACCCUACACCGUCCGGGUGGAGGAUCAAAGGUCAAUGCGUGGAAACGUGGCUGUCUUCAAGUGCCUCAUCCCCUCUUCAGUGCAGGAAUAUGUUAGCGUUGUGUCCUGGGAGAAAGACACAGUCUCCAUCAUCCCAGAAAAUAGGUUUUUUAUUACUUUCCAUGGUGGGCUGUACAUCUCAGAUGUGCAGAAGGAGGACGCCCUGUCUACAUACCGCUGCAUCACCAAACACAAGUACAGUGGUGAGACCCGCCAAAGUAAUGGGGCCCGACUCUCUGUGUCAGACCCAGCUGAAUCAACCCCCACCAUCCUUGACAGCUUCCACUCCAGGGAAGUGAGGGCAGGCCAGACGGUGGAAUUGCCCUGCACUGCCUCAGGCUACCCUGCCCCAGCGAUCAGGUGGCUCAAAGAUGGGCGGCCCCUCCCCACAGACAGCCGGUGGACCAAACGCAUCACAGGGCUGACCAUUAGUGACCUGCGGGCUGAGGACAGCGGCACCUACAUCUGCGAGGUCACCAAUACCUUCGGCUCAGCUGAAGCCACAGGCACCCUUACAGUCAUCGACCCCCUCCAUGUGACCCUGACGCCAAAGCAGCUGAAGACAGGCAUCGGCAGCACCGUCAUCCUGUCCUGUGCCCUGACGGGCCCCCCGGAGCUCACCAUCCGCUGGUACCGCAACACAGAGCUGGUGGUGCCGGAUGAGACCAUCUCUAUCCGCGGGCUCAGCAACGAGACCCUCCUCAUCACCUCCGCCCAGAAAAGCCACUCCGGGGCUUACCAGUGCUUCGCCACUCGCAAAUCCCAGACGGCCCAGGACUUCGCCAUCAUUGUUCUGGAGGAUGGGACACCCCGCAUCAUCUCCUCCUUCAGCGAGAAGGUGGUGAACCCUGGGGAGCAGUUCUCACUGAUGUGCGCAGCUAAAGGCGCCCCACCUCCCACCGUCACCUGGGCCCUGGAUGAUGAGCCGAUCCAGCGGGAUGGCGGGCACCGCACCAACCAGUACACCAUGUCAGACGGCACGACCAUCAGCCACAUGAAUGUCACGGCCCCCCAGAUCCGAGAUGGGGGUGUCUACCGAUGCGCUGCACGGAACUCAGUGGGCAGUGCUGAAUACCAAGCGCGAAUAAACGUAAGAGGACCCCCAAGCAUCCGAGCAAUGAGGAACAUCACAGCAGUGGCGGGUCGGGACACGCUUAUCAACUGCAGGGUCAUUGGCUAUCCCUAUUACUCCAUCAAGUGGUACAAGGACACCUUGCUGCUGCCUGACAACCACCGCCAGGUGGUGUUUGAGAAUGGAACGCUCAAACUGAUGGAUGUCCAGAAGGGCAUGGAUGAAGGGGAAUACCUCUGCAGCGUUCUUAUCCAGCCUCAGCUGUCCAUCAGCCAGAGUGUCCAUGUUGCAGUGAAAGUUCCCCCCCUGAUUCAACCCUUUGAGUUUCCCCCUGCCUCCAUCGGACAGCUGCUGUACAUCCCCUGUGUGGUGUCCUCUGGGGACAUGCCCAUCCGGAUCACCUGGAGGAAGGAUGGCCAAGUAAUCAUCUCUGGCUCAGGAGUGACCAUCGAGAGCAAGGAAUUCAUGAGUUCCCUCCAGAUUUCCAGCGUCUCCCUCAAUCACAAUGGAAACUACACCUGCAUUGCCAGCAAUGAUGCUGCUACUGUCAGCCGUGAGCGACAGUUGAUCGUGCGAGUCCCACCUCGUUUUGUGGUGCAGCCCAACAACCAGGAUGGUAUUUAUGGCAAAGCUGGAGUGCUGAAUUGCUCCGUGGAUGGCUACCCACCUCCCAAGGUCAUGUGGAAGCAUGCCAAAGGUAGCGGGAACCCUCAACAGUACCACCCUGUCCCACUCACAGGCCGCAUCCAGAUCCUUCCCAACAGCUCACUACUGAUCCGACAUGUGCUGGAGGAAGACAUCGGCUAUUACCUCUGCCAGGCUAGCAAUGGUGUGGGCACUGACAUCAGCAAGUCCAUGUUCCUCACCGUGAAGAUACCAGCCAUGAUUACCUCACACCCUAAUACUACCAUCGCCAUCAAGGGUCACACAAAGGAACUGAACUGCACUGCACGGGGAGAGCGCCCCAUCAUCAUCCGUUGGGAGAAGGGGGACACGGUCAUUGACCCAGACCGAGUCAUGAGAUACGCCAUCACCACCAAGGACAAUGGUGAUGAGGUCAUCUCUACUCUUAAACUGAAGCCAGCUGACCGUGGGGACUCUGUGUUCUUCAGCUGCCAUGCCAUCAACUCCUAUGGGGAGGACCGGGGUCUGAUCCAACUCACUGUGCAAGAGCCCCCAGACCCUCCUGAGCUAGAGAUCCGGGAAGUGAAGGCCCGGAGCAUGAACCUGCGCUGGACUCAAAGAUUCGAUGGGAACAGCAUCAUCACCGGCUUUGACAUUGAAUAUAAAAACAAAUCUGAUUCCUGGGACUUCAAGCAAUCCACCCGCAACAUCUCACCCACCAUCAACCAGGCAAACAUUGUGGACCUGCAUCCUGCCUCUGUUUACAGCAUUCGCAUGUAUUCCUUCAACAAGAUUGGCCGCAGUGAACCCAGCAAGGAGCUCACUAUAAGCACAGAGGAAGCUGCUCCUGAUGGACCACCCAUGGAUGUCACCUUGCAGCCUGUGACCUCCCAGAGUAUCCAGGUAACCUGGAAGGCUCCAAAGAAGGAGCUCCAGAACGGCGUGAUCCGGGGCUACCAAAUCGGUUACCGGGAGAACAGCCCCGGCAGCAACGGGCAAUACAGCAUUGUGGAGAUGAAGGCCACUGGAGACAGUGAGGUCUAUACCCUGGACAACCUGAAGAAGUUUGCUCAGUAUGGGGUGGUGGUCCAGGCCUUCAACCGGGCAGGGACAGGUCCCUCAUCCAGCGAGAUCAAUGCCACUACACUAGAGGAUGUGCCUAGCCAGCCUCCUGAGAAUGUCCGAGCCCUGUCCAUCACUUCUGACGUAGCUGUCAUUUCCUGGUCAGAGCCACCACGAAGCACCCUCAAUGGCGUCCUGAAGGGGUAUCGGGUCAUCUUUUGGUCUCUCUACAUGGAUGGGGAGUGGGGGGAAAUGCAGAACAUCACCACCACACGGGAGCGGGUGGAGCUCCGGGGCAUGGAGAAGUUCACCAAUUAUAGCGUCCAGGUACUGGCCUACACCCAGGCUGGGGACGGCGUCCGCAGCAGCGUGCUCUACAUCCAGACCAAGGAGGACAUUCCCGGACCCCCUGCCGGAAUCAAAGCUGUCCCUUCAUCGGCCAGCAGCGUGGUCGUAUCCUGGUUGCCUCCCGCCAAGCCUAAUGGGGUGAUCCGAAAGUACACCAUCUUCUGUUCCAGUCCUGGGUCUGGACAGCCGGCUCCCAGUGAAUACGAGACAAGUCCAGAGCAGCUGUUCUACCGGAUCGCCCACCUGAAUCGAGGGCAGCAGUACAUGCUGUGGGUGGCGGCUGUCACCUCUGCUGGCCGGGGUAACAUCAGUGAGAAGGUCACUAUCGAGCCAGCUGGAAAGGCCCCUGCCAAGAUCAUCUCAUUUGGAGGUACUGUGACCACACCCUGGAUGAAAGAUGUCCGACUGCCCUGUACCUCAGUGGGGGAACCUGUCCCAGCCAUCAAAUGGACAAAGGACAGUGAGGACUCUGCUAUUGCUGUGACUGUAGAUGGGCAUCGGCUCAUCCAAACCAAUGGGACCCUGGUGCUACGCUCGGUAAAGGCUGAGGACUCCGGUUACUACACUUGUACUGCCACCAACACCUGGGGCUUUGAUACCAUCAUCAUCAACCUGCUGGUACAAGUACCUCCGGAUCAGCCCCGUCUGACUGUUUCCAAGACCUCAGCUUCCUCUAUCACUCUGGCCUGGAUCCCAGGGGACAAUGGGGGCAGCUCCAUUCGAGGUUUUGUGCUACAGUACUCUGUGGACAACAGUGAGGAGUGGAAGGAUGUGUUCAUCAGCUCCAGUGAGCGCUCCUUCAAACUGGACAGUCUCAAAUGUGGCACCUGGUAUAAGGUGAAGCUGGCCGCCAAGAACAGUGUGGGCGCCGGGCGCAUCAGCGAGAUCAUCGAGGCCAAGACCCACGGGCGGGAACCGUCCUUCAGCAAAGACCAGCACCUCUUCACCCACAUCAACUCCACGCACGCCCGACUCAACCUGCAGGGCUGGAGCAGUGGGGGCUGCCCCAUCACAUCCAUCCUGCUGGAGUACAGGCCCAAGGGCACGUGGGCCUGGCAGGGCCUGCGGGCCAACAGCUCGGGGGAAGUGUUCCUGGCAGAACUUCGGGAAGCCACCUGGUACGAGCUACGCAUGAGGGCCUGCAAUAGCGCGGGCUGCGGCAAUGAGACCACUCAGUUUGCAACACUGGACUAUGAUGGAAGCACCAUCCCACCCAUCAAGUCAGCCCAGGGAGAGGGGGAUGAUGUGAAAAAGCUCUUCUCCAUCGCCUGCCCCGUCAUCCUGGCCACCCUAGGGGUGGCCCUGCUCAUCAUCAUUCGCAAGAAAAGGAAGGAGAAAAGGCUGAAGCGACUCCGAGAUGCCAAGAGUUUAGCAGAAAUGUUGAUAAGCAAGAGCAAUCGAAGCUUGGACACACCUGUGAAGGGGCCGCCCCAAGGCCCUCGGCUCCACAUUGACAUCCCCCGGGUCCAGCUGCUGAUUGAGGACAAGGAGGGUAUCAAACAGCUGGGGGACGACAAAGCCACCAUCCCAGUGACAGACACAGAGUUCAGCCAGGCUGUCAAUCCCCAAAGCUUCUGCACAGGGGUCUCCCUGCAUCACCCUGCCCUCAUCCAGAACACAGGGCCCCUCAUCGACAUGUCUGAUAUCCGGCCUGGCACCAACCCUGUGUCCAGAAAGAAUGUCAAGUCCGCCCAUAGCACCCGAAAUCGCUACUCCAGCCAAUGGACACUAACCAAGUGCCAGGCCUCCACUCCUGCCCGCACCCUCACCUCUGACUGGCGCACUGUAGGAUCCCAGCAUGGCAUCACUGUCACUGAGAGUGACAGCUAUAGUGCCAGCCUCUCCCAGGACACAGACAAAGGGCGGAACAGCAUGGUGUCCACAGAGAGCGCCUCCUCCACCUACGAGGAGCUGGCCCGAGCCUACGAGCAUGCUAAGCUGGAAGAGCAGCUGCAGCACGCCAAGUUUGAGAUCACCGAGUGCUUCAUCUCCGACAGCUCCUCGGACCAGAUGACCACAGGCACCAACGAGAAUGCUGACAGCAUGACCUCCAUGAGCACCCCUUCUGAGCCAGGCAUCUGCCGCUUCACUGCCUCACCACCCAAGCCUCAAGACAGUGACCGGGGCAAGAAUGUGGCUGUGCCCAUCCCACACCGUGCCAACAAAAGUGAAUAUUGCAACCUACCACUGUAUGUCAAGUCCGAUACCUUCUUCCGAAAGGCUGAUGGGCAUGAGCCCUGCCCUGUGGUCCCACCCCGCGAGGCUUCCAUCCGAAACAUGACCCGGACCUACCACAGCCAAGCCCGACAUCUGACCCUGGACCCGGCCAGCAAGCCCCUGGGCCUCCCCCACCCUGGGGCUCCAGCCUCCACAGCUACCUUACCUCAGAGGACUCUGGCCAUGCCGGGCCCACCCACCGGCACCGCCCCCCCCCCCCCACCGCCCCCCCCCUCCGAACCCCCCCCUGCAGCCACCACCACUGCAACUGCUCCCCCGGCCCCCAGCACCGAGCCGCCUCGGGCUGGAGGACCCCACACCAAAGUGGGAGGCUCCAGGGACUCACUUCUUGAGAUGAGCGCGUCGGGAGUGGGGAGGUCUCAGAAGCAGGGGGCAGGAGCGUACUCCAAGUCCUAUACCCUGGUGUAG